UCUCCACAGCGAGCGUCGUGAUGUUGGGAUUAAACUAUAUCACAUUGGCAAAGAAGGAUGUGUGCCUGUCGCUUGGAGGAAAUGCAGCAAACACCACCAAAUUACCAAACACUGUGUGGUGACCUGGAAGAAUACAUAAGAGAAAUGGAAAAUAGAACUCAAAGCACUAGUGAUGGUGAUGAUGUAUACGCUCAACUUAUUCAGAAAGAACAAGAUUUGAUUUUGGCUGCUCAACUAGGAAAGGCACUUCUUGAGAAAAAUGAAGAGCUUAGUCUUAAUAAUGAAAAAAUAACAGAACAUUAUUCAAGAAAACUUGAGUUCCUGGAGCAGGAAAAACAUGCUUUGCGAAGGAAACUGGACUCUGUGGAGAGUGAAUAUGAUGCUCGCGUGGCGGAGCUGCAGGCAGAUAUUACAGAACUGAGAAAGGAGCUCGAAGGCCACGAAGUGUCGUUGAAAUCGACUGAAAGAGAAAAAUGUAAGGUUGUCCAGGAGUUACAGGAACAGAAUCACAGACUGACCCUUGCUCUGAAGCAGGCCACCAAGACAGAAGAGCAACUAACAAGCCAGCUGAGGUCAUUACGCCAACAGUUCACUGUUCGAAGCUCUAAUUUCACUGACCAUGUAUCCCAGUUGGAAGGGCUUAGGGAAGAGAUUGAUAUUCUUACUGAGAGAAAAUGUGAUUUGGAAAGAAGAAUUGAAGGACUUGGAGAGGAACGUGAGAAUCUCAGCUUGUCUUUAGAAGAAUCUGGUGAUCGGAUCAUCAUGCUGGAAUGUAGUAACAAAGAACAGGAGCAACAGAUCCGUAAUCAAAAAAGAGAUAUUGAAGAACUCAGACACGGCAAUGUUCAGCUCCAAGCUAAGCUGGACACUCUACUAAAAAGAUGCAGCUCCCCAAGUUUUGGACAGACAUCAAUAUUCAAUGAAAUUGAAAUGUCAUCACACUCUUCUGUAGAAGAUGAGUUGAGAUCACUAAAUGGAAGUCAGAAUGGGAGAAGUGGGCCACAGUCUCAGCCAGGAUCAUCAAUUGGUUUUCAUGGUGACUUGGAAUAUGAAGAUGCUGAAUGUGAAGAUUCUGAAAUGAUUACGUUUACAGGAUUUUCAAUUCCAGAUUCAGAAGAUGGCUGGAAGUUUCGUCAAGAACUAGUAGAGAUCUACAACCAGAUCAAACGACUCUGUGAAGAUUUGAAAAGAAGGCGAGAUAGCUUGUCAGUGGAUAGUGGCAUUUCAUCAUCACCAGAGGAUGUGCAGGCUCAAAAUAUGCGUGUUGGAAUGAUAAUGGCAGUUCUCAAAGAAUUAAGAGACCUUAUGCAUGAUCUUUUAGCCAAUUAUAGUGAAACACCUUGUUCAGCUUGCCAGACUAUUGCCCACGAGAGAGACUUGUUAGAAAAAGUUCAGAAGGAUCUCAAAAUAAAAACCGAUGAACUGAAAAAGAUGGAAGAACAUGUGUCUGAGCUUACAAAAAAGGUAAUCAUCCAAGAAAGAGAUGUAGCUGUUCUUAAAGAAGAGAGAGACCAGCUGCGUGAUGAUAUUAGCAAUAGUAAAAUUGCUAAAGAUGAAAUUGUUAAGAAAGCUUGGGAAGUCCGUGAUGGAGCUGUUGAAAGGAAAAAUGCUGUUGAGAUUCAACUAGCCAAAACAAGAAUUGACAUGAUGCAUAUCAACAGCCAGCUAAUGGAAGCCAUUCAACAAAAAGUGGAACUCUCCCAACAAUUAGAACAGUGGCAGGUGGACAUGCAGAUCCUUUUAGAUGAGCAGCUAAAAUCUAAGCUAAAGAAUCAAGAACAAGAAGAUAAAAAGAAAGUGGGAAACCAUCCUCAAUCCCACCUGUCAAAUACAAACAAGGGCAAACUCUUUAAACUUUGGAGGUGACCAUCUAGACCAGUGUUCAUUAGAAAGUACAUAAAACUUUUCAGAGAGAGCUGUUGAGUUUCUCACUAUUUUACUGUGAUUGAAAUUACUGUAUUUUCAGUAAUUUAAAACUUAGAGUAUUUGUAAAAAAUGUGGAUUUUUUUUUCUCUGUAUAUAGUGUAUAGGUGAGAACGUAAAGAAUUGGAUGUUUUCAAGAUAGAAAGAUAGAUGGCUUUUACAUUUCAUUUCAAAAUUUAAUUUAUUCUUUCUAUUUGUCAAACUAGAAGCUUUUUUUUUUCUUUGAAAGCAAAAGUGCUGCUUAGUUAAUUUUUUCAACAUCAUUAAAAGAGAAGUAUAAAAGUUUUAGUAUUAUGGAAUCAACUUGAAAAAUUGUUGUCAUUUGAAGUCUUAGCUAUAGAUCAUAUUUUAAAAUUAGUUAGUUUUAAAUAGCUUUGGUUGAGUGAAAGUUAUUGUUUGUUUGUUUUUCUUUUGUUAAUAAUGAAUCAGUAAGUUAGUGAGAGACUUUUUGUCCCAGAACUCCUCGCUUCCAAAAUAGUUACAAAAGAUAUGAAGAAAUUAUGUUAACAAAAUUGUUUAUUUGUCUUCAAAGAUAAGAGUCUUGAACUUCUGCUAUAAUGGCUACUAGAACUCUAUUAGGCCAAUGAAGAUACAUUGCAUAAUGCGUGGAAUAUUAUGAUAAUGCCAGUGCAACACAGGUCCAAUAACGGUUAUAACACAUUCAGGAACAAACUCUACUAAAUUUGUUAACAUAAUUUCCAGACACUUUGUAUUAAAUACAGAAUGACACUACAGAUUCAUUUAACUUGAGAUUUUCUUAUGAAGAGAAAAGGAUUUCAGUGAUGUCAAUUAUUAAUUCACUCAAAUGCAUUUAUUCAAUUUGAAUUAAAAUAAAACAUGCAAAAGAAAAAUAAUGUUUUACUAUUCUAGGUUAAUUUGUUUCAGUACAAUAUUUCUCUUAUGGAGUUUAUAUAAAAUCAAAUUAUACUAAUUGGGGAGGGAUAAGUCUUUGUUGUUUCAUUAUUACUUCAGGGUCUCCUAUCAUUGGAAUUUCCUGGUUGAUUUAACCAGCUGCAGCCUUUUAGCUAGCUAAUUCUGCUUUACUCGUGUAGUUAAAUUAGUGUCAGUGGUGUAGAUUAAGCUACCUGUGAUCACAAACACACAUAACUCGUGUAGAUGGUUAUGGUAGUCAAUGUGGUGCUACAAGCUAUCUGAAUUCAUUUUAAACUGGAUAGGGAAAGUGACAUAAAAUUUUUACCUUAGCAAGGAAUCAAUUGUAGUUUUAACAGUACAAAAUGCUCACUAUCUACCAUACGUUUUUAGAUUCAGGUGAACAUGAAUGAUGCCAGAUGUGUCUUAUCCAAUCUUGAACAACCGUGCUUGUAUAUUCAUAUUCUGAACUUUUAGGUCAGCAUUGAUGUCAACUUCCUGGUCACUUAAUUAGACCAUCUGGGAAUGCAAUUCCUAUGGUCUCUUGCCUGGUAUGCAAAAAUAAAUACACCCUCAGGUUUUUUUUUUCUUUAUUAAUCCACCCUCAUAGAGGGGGUAUAAACAAAAAUACAUCAGUUAUUCAACAAUGAAAAUGUCAAUACAAAUCUGGAUAGUAAUAAAAAAAUAUUUAACGUUAAUUACUUAAAUUACAUACAUAGAAAACUAGUAAUAACAAACAAAAAAAAUGUUUCUAAACUUAAUAAAAAUAAGAUGAUCUGAACUGAUAAACAUCCAAAAUCAAAUAAUAUUAUCAUACCAGAUCAUGACAUAGGAUGUAACCCUGAAUACCUUCACUUACCAAAUGUCCAGUGUCACGAUGCUUGCUGAGUUUAUACAAAUUAUAAUUAAGUCGCAUUGCAUCAGGGUAGUGUAUUUGAUUUGAUUCAUGAUUUUGUUCUGCAAAGUAGGUGUAGUUUUCUUGCCACCAUCUUGGUCAUACAAAUUGUACUAAACCAAGGCUCUUAUAUAUUGUCUACAACUGAACUUCAUAUUGGUAAUUAACAUUACAUGAAAAGAGAAAUUAUUUCAUUCCUUCCUCCUUUGUAAAAAUGUUUUAUGUUGUCAAAUAUUUUCUAAAGUGGAAAGUUAUCAAUCGGGUGACAUACCUUCAAUAUUUUGUAAUUCUAAACUAACAUGUUAGGAGUAAUGUCUUCAUUACGAAAAUUCCAUGAUAUCAUAUAUCACAUUCAAAACAGUAUGAAUAUAAUAUAAAAUACAAUGUACUUAAUACUUGAAACCAUUGGUACUUAGUGAAACUCCAUAAUUACACAAUUGAGGAAAACAAAAACAAUUGAACAUUUCACAAAUACAUCAUUUAUUAUGGCAUGGUUCUACCAGUAAAGCAUCAUCAGGUAAAAACUGCACUAAAUGGUCAACCAAAGAACUGAGGCCGGUGGGGAGGAGCUUAAGUUGAUUUGAUCAAUUAGAAUUUUGUCUGGAUUUGUUUUCGUUCUUUUGUUAAUUCCUAAAAUUUCCAGAUUAUUUAUUUUUUAACCUUUUUCAUAGACGUGUAAACUUUUGCAUUUUUUUUUUCAGAUGAAAUUUGUGUUUAGUUUUCAUAAGGUAUGAUGCAAAAGUUGUGUCAAUUUGUUCCAAUAUCCAGCUUCUUGAACGUUCUUUAACCCAUUUUUUUCUAUGGAAUUUUCUGUCUGAUAUAUUGAAGUCUUGGCACGUUAAUUGGUAAACACCACUGUGGCUUUAUUUCUCUAUAUUGUUUUUGUAGUUAACUACAUUUUGCCCAGAUUGUUUUUCCAGAAGACUGGUCUGUAGAUUUAUUUGUUAGGUGUGUUUAUUUUGUGAUAAGGUUUUCCGAUGUAGUUUAUCUUACACCAUUUUUUUAGCGUUUUUGUUGUCAUUUGGUACAGUAUAUGGGUUUAUUGAUUUUAAAUUAAUGGCCUUUCAUUUUUUAAUUGGGUCAAUUAACUUAGAUGUAUAACCAUUAUUGACAGCAGUUUGUUUUAUUCUUUUUAAUUCAGUUUCAUAUUCUUUAGGUGACAAAAGUAUGGAAAAUGGGAAGUGGGUGAGACAUUGGGUAUUUUGAAGAAGUAUUUAUAAUGGUUUCAUUAUAAGUCAGUUUUCUGAAAAUUUUGAAGGAAUAUAUGCUGUUAUUAUGUCAAUAUCUAAGUUUAGAAAAUAAAUGUUUUCUUUUUUGCCAUAUUCCAUUUUAUAUUUAAUAAUUUAUUUUGUGAAUUUAGAAGAAUUAAAAAAUUAUCAAGUUGACACUUGGAGCCUGACCAAAGACAAAUCACAUCAUCAAUAUACCUGUACCAAUAUUUGACAUGUUUUGUCUUAUUUUCAUCAAUAAACAAUAUCUUCUUUGAAAUAUCUAUGAAAACUUCUGACUUUUGCAAGCAAGUCAUUAAAUUUGAAGUAGUUUUGAUCUAAAUAAGUGGUUAUUAUUUUUUUUUUAUUCUGGGCUAUUACAGGGUUUACAUUUUCUUUACCCAAUAAAUCACUAACAAUCUGUACACAUUCUUUGACAGGUAUACUGGUGAAAGAACUACAGACUAAACAAUUUUUACAUUAUUUGGUAUUUCUACAUUUUUUAUUUUUUAUAGAGUUUUUUAUACUGUACUUAGGUUUGAAAUCAGUUAGAUUUUUGAAAAUAUUGUGUGCUUUUUGAUAGUUUUUUAACCAGAAGCAUUAAUAUAGGAAAUAACAGGGAUGGUAAGGAUAUUCGUUUUGGGUAGUUUAGGAAGUCCAUACAGACAGGGUGGGUGAGGGUUCAUAACACUUAACGACUUGGCUUGGUUAUCAUUACAUAUGCAUUUGUUGUUCUUCAACAUAUAUUUAAUAUCUUUGUUAUAGUUUUUGAUGGAGUCUUUGUUUAGGAGCAUGAAAUUGUUAGAUACAAGGACAUCAUUGAUUUAAUCAUGAUAAUCUUGUUUUUCUAGUACUACAGUUGUAUUACCUUUGUCCUCUUUAGUGAUUAUUAAACUGUCAUUCUUAAUUUUAGACUUUAUUGAUUUAAUCAGUUUAGUCUCAUAAUUUCCUUUUUUAGCAUAGUUCUUGGAAGAAGUUUGAAUAAUUUUAGAGCAUUUGUGCUUUGUUAUAAACUCAGAUUCAGCAUUAAGUGCUACCUAUAUGUCUAUUGCAAGAUUUUCAAAGUCAGAAAUGCCCAAACUGGUUCUGGGGCAAUAUUUUACACCUUUAGUUAGUAAAUUAGAUUAAUUUUUCAUGAACUCAGACUUUGUAAAGUUUACUAACUUUGGUUAUAAAAAUAUAUGGUAUCCUACUUCUAGAUUUGAAUUUUUUUUAUGUUUAAUCAAACUAUCCAGUUUUCUUUUCUGAUUCAAUUAAGUACUGUGUAUCAACUGAGUCAAAUUUUCAUGUAUGUCUGUGUCCAACAAAUCAAAUUUCACUAUGUGAAGCUGGAAACACAGUUCACUUUGAAUUAAUUUGAGGUAUGUACUUACAUUAUCUCAAACACUAUGCUGCUUCUUGAUCUCUUUUUAAGCCAGAUCUUCGUGGCUUUGUUGGCUGGACUUGAUGUGUUUGUGGUCUUCAGUAAGAUAUUUUUUUUAGGGGGUGGGGUAUAUUCACACCACCUCCUACUGUUGGGCUUGAUCUUCUUUCCAGAUGGACAUGCUUUCUUUACACCACUUUACUCUACCUACUCUUCUGAACAUACUUUAACCAUAUCCAUGAUGAGCCUGAUUCAGCUGCACUUCUGCACAGUCCUCUUACCACUCUGUUCCUGAAUCCCAAGUCUCACAGCCAUUCACGAAGUGAAGUUGCAACAAAACCUUGGCAGCUAACUUCAAAUGGAUAGCAUGCCUCUUUCCAUCCUCUAUCCUCAUAAAUAGAUAUCAGUUCAACAAAUCUGGCGUACUUUCAUUCAUGACCUUCCUGGAUGUUAUUCUUCCAUGACACACUCAUCUCACCAAAAAUCACUAACCAACCAGAUAACAAUAUCUGGCAUGAGGUUUGUAACUACAAUUUCAUGUGGAAAAUUUCCAUCCCCUUCAAGAUCUACUGACAUUUUCCAGUCAUUUGCACAGGAAAAUAUGCUGCUUCUCCAUGGACUGCUGAUGUAACUACCUGGUCCAAGACCCUCUUUGACAAUAGUGAUGAACUAUCCGGAACCAGUUGCUACCUCUUUUUCAUUAGCUUUCUGUACUCUUUCUUUGACUGCAUCAACAAUCACUCGAAGUACAUUGUUAUGAUGCCAAAUGUACAUUUCGCCAGAUAGAUUUGGUGGGCAUGAACUCGGGAUAUGCUGCAAUGUUCCCUUCCGGGUAUUUCUUAUUCAGUCAGGCCAGCUAUGGAUAUUUAUCCAUAUGUGAACUACCUGGAAAUAAACAGCACUUGUUCACUUAAUGAGGCUACUUUGUGAUGCAGUUAUCUCAUCCUUUUAAUGUGCCUAGUAAGCCAUUUAUACAAUAUUUAAUUAGGACAGGGUGCAGCCAGGUAGUGUAUGAUACUUUAAGUACUCAUUGCCCUGCUAACUAGCUGUAACUUUCUGGUCAUUAUUUAGUGUAGAGAUUUUAAAUUGCUGCUACAUGAGGAUAUUGGAGAUAGUAAAAAAAGAAUGAUUAAAAGGAACAUGAAUGACUUCAAAUAACCUGCAUUGUACUGUAGAGACUAUAGCUAUACAGCAUGACAUCUGUGUCAUAUCCCUGCACAUAUGUAUUUGCCUUGGCUAUUCAUAUAAUGCAUUUCAGGGGAAUCCUCAAAUUUUUAAUAGUGGUUGUAUUGUAUGUUGUUUAGAUCACAUGACAAAGUCAUGAGACUACCAAAUAUCUUCAUCAGGAUAAUAUGUUUUGACAAAAGAUUUGGGAUAAACAUUGUGGCAGCUUAUCUGACGUUCAUUGCUUUACUUCUGUAGCUGUACAUUGCUGUUUAGCCAUGAUAAGCUUAAAAGAAAACAGAAUAAACUAUAUUUUCAUUUGUACAAAAGAUUUCCCUUCUUGUCGUGAAACAAAUGAUUGUACCUUAAAAUCAUGUUUUAGUGGUUUUCACAUUAUGUAAAAGAAACCACAACAUUAACACAAAAUAACCAAAAAUUAAAAAAAAGUUCCACAUAGGGAACACUGCCACCAUAAUGAAUAAGUCAAACCAACUUACUCUUGCAUAAUCCAUCUUUAUAAUUUUAUAACAUAAGUAUUUCACAUAGUGAUACAUAUAAACAUUUUUUUGAUUUACUCAUAGACUGACAAAGUUGUAAACCACAUGCUCUAGGGCAAAGAAGCUGCAUUUUACUAAGGUUAUUACAUACUAUAUUUUUACUCAUCCAAACUCUGUAUUACUAUUUAGCAAUUUAUAUGUGAAAGAUGAAUUGUUUUUCUUACUAAUCUGAAAGAAUCAAUUUUAUAUUUCUUCACGAAGAGUGAAGUGUGAUACCAGAGUACAACUUCUCAAAUCCCAGGAUUAAAGUUAUUAGCUGAAUAAUAACAUUUUUAGGUUUGUCUUACAAUCAACCAUCCAUUUUUAUAAAAGUAUCAAUAGUAGUAUAUCAAUGCAAAAUAUUGUAACACUGAUUAUUAAUGAUAUCAAUCAGUUUAUCAUAAAUACCUAAGGGACCAGUUAAAUAUCAUUAUUAAAUUUGUGUGUUUGAUAAAAAUGCAUUGUUUGUUCUUUAAUAUGAAAAUCUAGAAAUGUGAUUAUACAGUUUUUGAAACUUUAAAGGUUGUCUCAGAAUGUUAGUGGUUAUUUCUGUGUUUGAUUGUUGGACAACUAUGCUGUUCAUUUCUCCGUAACUUAUAAAGUUUCUAAUGCAUCCUAUAAGAUUUUAUAUAAUGUUGAUUAGGUUAUAACAUAGAGAUUUUGAUGGCUUAAAAACAUUAACAAGAUAUGACUGAAAAAAAUAUGCCAGAAAAACAGUCAUUACAAGAAAUAACUGUAUUAUUGAAUAAGUGUUGUUUAUGCAAAUGAAGAAAAACAAAAAUGUUCUUAGUUGAUGGAAUGGUAAAUUCAUAUUUAUGAAGUUUCUUUAUCUCCAUAUUUAGAUUUUAUGUUUAUGCUAAAGAUGUCCACAAUAAAAAUGUAUCAUUCUUUUAACUUUAGACAUCAUAUUAGCUGCAAGUGAUAUGUUGAAAAUUCCCUGUCAAAUAAUAGCAUCUCAUUUUCUAGUAGCUAUAAGUUACAUAUUGCACUAUGCCUUAUUUUUAGAUUCAUGUUUUAUAUAAUUAAGAUUUUUUUAAAUAUUCAUUUAAUUUUUUUGUGUGCAUAAAACACAUACAGUUUCAACUAUUGGGCAAACAUUUCAAACACACACAAAAAAUUGGGGUAUUGAAAUUCAAAUAGUUAAAAAGAGUGUAAAAAUAUGGAAAUAUUAGUAUACACUUGAUUUUUUGACAUAUGCUGAAUUACAAUAUUUUUAGGUUUGCCUUUAACUAAUAAUUCAUUGUAAUAAAAGAACUAGUGUAUCAAUGCAAAAGAUUAUAACUUAUUAUAGUGUUCUACAGCAAAACCUAUGAGUUAUUUAUUGUACAAUCUAACUAUCAGAUAUUAAUUGUUUUUGUUUCAUAGCAACCACUUUAUUGAAAAAAACUCUGACAACACAAGUUAUCAUGUGUUUUUAAAAGAAUAUCUGUUCAAAUGUGAAUUAAAAGAAUUGGUCUAAAAAGACAUAUAUGUGAAAAUAUUAUGUCAGUUUCAAGAGCAAAUGGUAAAAUGAUCAAGAUAAUAAACAGUGCUUUGUAUUUAAUGUAGAUCAUCAUAAAAACCAAUAA